AUGACUAGGCGAACACCACUAACUCAAUGGGAUACCGAGACGGAAAGUCCUCCCCAGGAACGUACACAAACUAUCUGUACUUGUCUACACUGUACUAUGAGGUACCUGUCAGAUUAUGAAUACAACAAAGCCUCCAUUUGGACUCUUUCAAGUCAAGACAGCGAUGAGAAUGCAUUAUAUUUAAUCGACGAGAAUCUGCAUAAUAACCUCCACAUUCUCUGGAUUGGAGAGUUUAUUAAUCUAUUCUCUCCUUUGUCAGCCAUCACUGGAAUAUUUUGGUACCUCAGACCCGUGGAUCUGGAUGAAAGAGUCUUCUAUCCACCAAUCUGGAAUUCAUCAGUUAAGGCCAAAGUUCGAUUCGAGUGUGAGUCCUGCGGAAAUAUUUGGACAUCAAUGAGGGGUAUUGCAGUCUUCUCCGUCCAUCCUAAUGAAAUUUACCUGAACGCUCUUAACCUCCGUUUCACCCUUCUUGGCCAACGAUGCAAUAAUUGCGAUUCAAAAGUUUUUCAAUCAGCUAUUUGGUAUCCCGAAGAGGUUAUUCGGGUAAGUUCACGUGUUUUCGAGCAAACCCGUCAACGAAUGAGCCAAUAA